AUGACGGCUUCUAAGUUUAAGAAUCGUUGCCCUGUCUGUCAGAGCAAAUCUUGGCGCCUGCGGAGCCACUUGGAUGACGUUCAUAGCGUCAGGAACGCCCAGGAGCGAAGGAUCCUGUUGGCGUUUGCCAGAGGGCGAGUGAGUGUUCGCGGCAUGAAGUGUCCCAUCAGCGGUUGCACUUACGGCGGGUCUAGGGUGGCGCAGCACCUCCUCGACGCUCACCGUGAUCUGGGAGCCAAGGAGAAGAGGCGCCAUUUGAGAAAGCUGCAGUGGCGCAAAACUCUGAGGCAGAGGGCAGCGAAAGCCGCCGCCGCCGCCGCCACCGGCUCCCCGCCUCCCCCCCCUGCUUCUUCCCCUCCCUCGCAGGCUGAGCCCUGCCCCAGCCCUCCCCAUUCGACCUCGGCGGACUCCCCUCAGCGACCGGAGACAUCUCUUCCCGGCGGGCUUGGCACCAGUGCCGACGUGCCAGCCGCGGGCCCGGUGGUCGAGCUGGAGAUGACCGGAGUGCCGCAGACCAGGGCCGAACCCCAGUCCCCAUCAUCGAGCACGGUUAGUAAGCUGCUUACAUUUCCUCCAGUCAUCCGUGGCUACCUAGAAGAGUACGACCGGCAUCUGACCGGGGCAGUACGCUCGCGGAAGCAUCUCGAAAAUGUUAAGUCAAAGAUGGGUCGAAUUGUUGCCUUCCUCAGCUACAUGAGCCGUGAUAAGACCGCCCUGGGCUCCUGGCGCUUCUUGGAUGACGCCGGACGCAUAACGGGCUGGCCCGCUGAACUCAGCCGUCAGCAGAAGGCUGUGACUACCGUUAAGGUUUACCUAGUAAACACAACCCAAUUCCACGUAUACUUCAUGGAGACGCCUCCGAGAAGCUCCAGGCUGUCGAAGCGGCAGCUCGUGUCCGUGAUGCGAGCUCUGAGGUCGGCUACGUGCCAAAUCGGAACGAAGGUGGUGCUUCGGCAGAUCAAGGUCAAGUCUGAGAAGCUCCAGCGCUCCGUAACGCCCGACCUUCUCUGCAGAUGUCUCGAAAAAUCUCAGAGCUGGAUCCCCAAACUCUUGCUGAGCUGCUCGCAAAGGAAGCACGACGUGGGAGCGAGACACCUGCUUUACGGAUUCGUUGCGCUCUACCUUACUUCUCUCUACGGCCAUCGAGCAGGCGUGAUGACCAACCUUACCACCGAAGAGGUCCUGGAGGCCGCGAGGGGCACCAGCUCUUCCUCUCCGGGGGUCGUACUCAAUGUCUUUCUCACCCACGAGGAACUGGGCUGGAUCCAGCGGUGGAUGGAGAUCAGGGCUCUGCUACGCCCGCGGUGCGAUCUGGUAUUUUUCAAUACCAACCACCGGCACGUGAAAAACAUCACCCUGUUCGCGAGGAACGCGUGGGCAGCCAUGCUACUGCCAGGCAGACCCUCCCUUACCGACAUCCGGACCGCCGUCGCGACGAUGUGCAGGAACACCCACUCCAGUGAGGUCCGGACGCAGAUGUCCCGGGUCAUGUGUCACGACACCCGCACGGCCGACCGAUUCUAUGCGAUGCAGCUUGAUGUCAACCAGAUGGCUGAGAUGAGGCGCAGAUUUGCCCAGUGCAUGGGAGAAGAAGCUGCCGAAAGUUCACAAUAAACUUUGAAUAAUGC